CCUUGAUGUGUGUUCCGCAGUGAGAACCAUCUCUCUCGAGUUUGCCAAGUCCGACCGGAUUCUUGGGUUUAUGGGUGUGAGUGUUAUUACGUUUAAACGUACUGAUCUUAUCUUGACUCAACACACCUACAGCAACAUGAGGACGAUCACUUUACUCUUCAUCAUCAUCAUUUCUUUUUUCAUCAACGGUGUGUUUGGUGAUGCAGUGAAGUCAUUGUCAGUGAUUGAGGGAGAUUCUCUUACUCUACACACUGAUAUUACUGACAUAACGGCAUCAGAUGCUCUGAUAGUAACAUGGACAUUUGGGCCUCAAAACACUAAAAUAGCUCAGAUCGAUAGAGAAGCCAAAAUAUUUUUCACAGAUGAUGUUCAGAUUUUCAAAAAACAAUUGAAGCUGAACAGCCAGAAUGGAGAUCUCACCAUCACAAACAUCAGAACUGAACAGACUGGACUUUAUAAUGUACGGAUAAAUUUCAGACAAAAGAUUAUAGAGAAAAGUUUCAGUGUUAGCGGUGUGAGGAACCCAGAGUCAGAUCAACUAAAGUCAGUGUCAGUAAAGGAUGGAGAUUCUGUUACUCUACUGGCUGAUGAUCGUGAUAUCAAGAAAUAUGAUGUGAUGCAAUGGAGAUUUCAAGGGAUUCGUAUAGCUCAUUUCAAUAAAUCAGCCAGUGAAAUAUCAGAAGACGAGAGAUUCAGAGACAAACUGCAGCUGGAUGUUCAGACUGGAUCUCUUAAAAUCAAGAACAUCAGAACGGAUCUCUCUGGACUUUAUCAAGUAGAUCUCACCAGCACCACCACCAGCAGCAGUUAUACCAUACAUCAGACAUUCAAUGUUACUGUCAGUGGUGAAGUGAAGUCAGUGUCAGUGAUGAAGGGUGAUCCUCUCAUAAUAAACACUGAUGUUCCUGACAUUAAGACCUAUGAUCGGAUACUGUUCAUCUUUGGAUGUGAUGACACGAUUGCUGAUGUAAAUAGACAUUUCCCAAACAAACAGUUCACUCUAGAUGGGAAAGACAGAGACAGACUGAAGCUGAAUGAUCAGACUGGAGAUCUCACAAUCACAAAAAUCAAAAUUGAAGAUGCUGGAGAUUAUGAACUGAAGAUGAGCAGCAGUAGACGAACCAUUCAGAGGAGAUUCAGAGUUAAUGUCAGUGAGCCAGGUCUGUCUCCAAGUGCUGUAGCAGGACUAUCUGUUUUCUUCCUUCUGUUUAUUGCUGCUGCUGCUGCUGCUGGUGUGAUUUUCUAUCGCCGUAAGAUCGCUGAAUUAUUGGGUGAAACAAAAAUACUGGAAGUGUAUGAGGGAGAAUCUGUUGAUCUGAAGACUAAAAUUAAAGACAUAAAUAGAGAUGAUGUGAUAGAGUGGAGAUUUGGAGAAACUCUCAUAGCUAAAAUCAAUCCUGCCAACAAUAUCUUCAGUACAUAUGAUGGUGAUGAUGAUCUAUUCAGAGAUAAACUGAAGCUGAAUCAUCAGACUGGAGAUCUCACCAUCAGUGACUUCAGAGUGAAACACACUGGAGUUUAUAAACUGAAGAUCAUCAGAGGAGGAAAAACCUCACACAGGAGAUUCAGUGUGUUUGUCAGAGAGAGAAUUGUAGUAUAUGAGGGAGAAUCUGUCCCUCUGAAGACUGAAGUUAAUGACAUACAGAGAGUUGAUGUGAUAGAGUGGAGAUUUGGAGAUAAAGAAACUCCCAUAGCUAAAAUCAAUCCUGCUAACAAUAUCUUCAGUACAUCUGAUGGUGAUGAUGAUCUAUUCAGAGAUAAACUGAAGCUGAAUCCUCAGACUGGAGAUCUCAACAUCAGAAACAUCAGACAGAAACACGCUGGAGUUUAUACACUGAGGAUCAUCAGAGAUAGAGAAACCUCAUACAAGAAAUUCAGAGUUCAUGUCAGAGAUGAUUUGGCAUUAAGAGGACGGGCUGUACAGUCAUCCACAGCAUAUGGUUGGGUAGCAUCAAAUGCCAUUGACAAUUCACCCUUCACCUGCACCCAUACUGACACAUCUGAUAACCCCUGGUGGAGACUGGAUCUACUGGAUUCUUACUACAUCUCUAGAGUCGUCAUCACUAACAGAAAAGACUGCUGUGCGGAGCGACUCAACGGAGCAGAAAUUCGUAUGGGAAACUCUUUGGAAAACAACGGCAACAAUAAUCCCAGAUAUGCUGUGCUAAAUGAUGUGGCAGCGGGUCAGUCUGUGUCUGUGUCCUGUCACAAUACGAACGGACGAUAUGUGAACGUCAUCAUACCUGGAAGUUCAAAAAUUCUUUCUCUUGCUAAAGUGGAGGUGUAUCAGGCAGAGGAUUUGGCAUUAAGAGGACGGGCUGUGCAGUCAUCCACAGCAUAUGGUUGGGAAGCAUCAAAUGCCAUUGACAAUUUACCCUUCACCUGCACCCAUACUGACACAUCUGAUAACCCCUGGUGGAGACUGGAUCUACUGGAUUCUUACUACAUCUCUAGAGUCGUCAUCACUAACAGAAAAGACUGCGGUGCGGAGCGACUCAACGGAGCAGAAAUUCGUAUGGGAAACUCUUUGGAAAACAACGGCAACAAUAAUCCCAGAUAUGCUGUGCUGGAUGGUGUUGCAGCGGGUCAGUCUGUGUCUGUGUCCUGUCACAAUACGAACGGACGAUAUGUGAACGUCAUCAUACCUGGAUAUUCAAAAAUUCUUUCUCUUGCUAAAGUGGAGGUGUAUCAGGCAGAGGAUUUGGCAUUAAGAGGACAGGCCGUGCAGUCAUCCACAGGAUAUGGUUGGGUAGCAUCAAAUGCCAUUGACAAUUUACCCUUCACCUGCACCCAUACUGUAGAAACAUCUGAUAACCCCUGGUGGAGACUGGAUCUUCUGGAUUCUUACUACAUCUCUACAGUUGUCAUCACUAACAGAAAAGACUGCUGUGCGGAGCGACUCAAUGGAGCAGAAAUACGUAUCGGAAACUCUUUGGAAAACAACGGCAACAAUAAUCCCAGAUAUGCUGUGCUGAAUGGUGUGGCAGCUGGUCAGUCUGUGUCUGUGUCCGGUCACAAUAUGAACGGGCGAUAUGUGAACGUCAUCAUACCUGGAAGUUCAAAAAUUCUUUCUCUUGCUAAAGUGGAGGUGUAUCAGGCAGAGAAUUUGGCAUUAAGAGGACGGGCUGUACAGUCAUCCACGGCAUAUGGUUGGGAAGCAUCAAAUGCCAUUGACAAUUUACCCUUCACCUGCACCCAUACUGACACAUCUGAUAACCCCUGGUGGAGACUGGAUCUUCUGGAUUCUUACUAUAUUUCUACAGUUGUCAUCACUAACAGAAAAGACUGCUGUGCGGAGCGACUCAACGGAGCAGAAAUUCGUAUCGGAAACUCUUUGGAAAACAACGGCAACAAUAAUCCCAGAUAUGCUGUGCUGAAUGGUGUGGUAGCGGGUCAGUCUGUGUCUGUGUCCUGUGACAAUAUGAACGGACGAUAUGUGAACGUCAUCAUACCUGGAAGUUCAAAAAUUCUUUCUCUUGCUCAAGUGGAGGUCUAUAAAGCAGCUUCUAACAGAGAAGAUCCAGUGGAGAAGAUGGGAGAAGAUCCAGUUGAGGCGAGAGAAGAUCCAGUUGAGGCGAGAGAAGAUCCAGUGGAGAAGAUGGGAGAAGAUCCAGUUGAGGCGAGAGAAGAUCCAGUUGAGGCGAGAGAAGAUCCAGUUGAGGCGAGAGAAGAUCCAGUGGAGAUGAGAGAAGAUCCAGUGGAGGCGAGAGGAGAUCCAGUGGAGAUUCAGCCGUUGUUGAAUAAUAGCACUGCCAAAGGAGAAGAUUCAGUGGAGACGAGAGGAGGUUCAGUGGCGAUAGAGAUGCAGCCGUUGUUGAAUAAUAGCAAUCAGCAGCAGUGAUCUUCAUUCAGUGUAACACCAUCAACCUUACAAACACAUCAGCAUCACAUCACUUAUAACCAGUGUUGGGCAAGUUACUUCCAAAGUGUAAUACAUUAUAUAUUACAAAUUACUGUCAUUUGAAAGUAAUUAGUUACAUUACAAUAUUACUGACUCUGAACUGUAAUGAGUUACACUACUUUUGCGUUACUUUUGAGUUACUUUCAUCAAAAUAACAGAAGUAUGACUAGGCAUUUUUAAAUGUUAAAAUGUAUUUUAUUGAUGCUUAUAAAUCUAGAAGUUAUGUGUUGGCCCUCGAGCUUUGAAUAGGCACAGUGAAGACUUAUGGCAAAAUACAGUAAAAAUCACUGUCAGAAUCAUAAACAUAAACAAAUGAUCUUGGAAAAGUCUGGUAAAUUAUGGUACACAUACCAAACACAAUAAAGCUAGAGCCCACUAUAAUGCAACCUAUAGACUAAUAACAUGGCAAGACACGCAACCUCUUUUCAUUUCUAUUCUUUAAUUCACUUUAAAUUCAGAAUCACAGCACAAACCUGGCAUGCACUGGGUUGACACAACUUAUCAAAAAGUGCUAUUGGAGGAUCAGGCCUGAAGGAAUACAGCUCAUUUCAGUACAAUAUAAGGAUUACAUGUAGACUAACAUAUAAUUGCUUAAUAAAACACAGACAAACAGAGGAACACUGCUUUUUGCCAAACAAUGAAUAUAGGCUCCCAUACAAAGGCUGGUAAAAACUUUAAACAGUGAUGUUUAAAUGUACUAUUUAAAUAACCAUGUUUAAGUCUACAUUAAUGUUAUGUUGUAGUUUAGGUUGCUGUUUGUAAUAAAACUGUAGAUAGCAUAGGAAUAGCCUAGCAAUCUAUUAUGUAUAUGGACUGUAACCAUAGCAACGUUAACUUACCUUGUCAUUGCUGGUGUGGUGAAAUGGAUUUUUCUGGCAAGAUUUCUAAAAGUCUCUUUACUUUUGAGGUUCAAGCAGCAUGGGAGACCGAUAGAAACUUUCUGUUGCUUUUACUUAAUGCUCUCAGUCGCAGAAUUUUGCGUGUGCGGCGCUACCGGACCUGAUUGCGACCACUUUAGUCAAUGCUUAUACAGCCGCGGACUUCCCAGAUUCGGCUCUUUAAGAAACGCGUCAAAUACAAAAUUAAAGAAUGAACAUGCUGCAUACAGCACCUGGAAACAGACAUACGCUGCGUCCCAAACAGCCUACUUCCAUACUAUAUAGUAGGCAAAGAGUACGAGAAGUAGUGCUUUUCGCCUACUAUAUAGUAUGGAAGUAUGCUGUUUGGGACGCAGCCAUUACUAUUUUACCCGCAGCUUUUUCCUGUGUGGAUGCUGGUCGCGCGCAUUGGACAAAAAUAAAAAAAUUAAAAUAACACGUCUAUUUUUGAAAUGCAUUGUUGUAACGCGCUCGUUACUAAGACUGUAACGAGUAAAAUAUUACCAAAAUUUUAUUAGUAAUGCGUUAUAUUACUGCGUUACAGCAAAAACUAAUAUAUUACUGUAAUAUAUUAUAUUUUGUAAUGCGUUACUCCCAACACUGCUUAUAACAUCACCCUCAUAUCAUUGAGGUGAAAUAUGUGCUGAUGAACCAGAGGAAAAGAUUUAUUUUUGAUAUGCCAUUUACAUCCUUUGGUGUGUAUUAGUACAUGUUUACGAUAUGCAAAAGGUAUAAACCCCAAAGUAAACGAUGACGCGAGUUAUCUCCAAUGUAAAACUCUUCUCUUGUACUACAACAAAUACACGGAUUAUAGGCAACAGUUUACCUCCUGGGCCGGUUGACGUGGACAUGACGGUCAUUCAUCAUCAUAAUUCUUCCUGCUUUGACUCACAGCCUGUUUUCAUAUUUAAAGAAUUGACUACUGACUAAACCAUGAUUAAAACAUGAGUUUUGUGCAGUGUAGAGUAGCGCUUGUUGUUUGUCGUUUUAAUGUUUUAGUAUCCUUACCUUGACAAUCUGUUACGUUCUGCUCAAGCCACGCUGGCAAAGUUGAGCUUGGUCAUCUGCAUUUUCUGGAUCAGAUUCGACUCACAUUGAUAAGGUAGUAAAGACGAUAUUGACUCCGGUCAGUAUUGCAUUGGGAGUUGAACUUUAACAGUGUUAUAAAAACAAAAGCCUAACUUCCUCAUGUAUAACUUGUGCGUAUGCGCAAUCUCUUAAAGGUGCUUUUGCGAACCAACAUUGCUGGAAUUUUGUUAAGCAGUUACCUAAUUUACUGCAACAUAAGGGAUUUCUCAGUGCUUCAUUGGUAAGAUAAUUAUUACAAUGUGCUAAAAUAAAAUGUAUUGGUAGCAGCGAUGCAACAGUCACUGGCCCGAUUUGCCAGUUUAAAUAUUUAAGCACAAAAAGAUGCGAAACAGACCUCAAUACUUGAUUCACUAUAGCUUGAACCCAAUCCGCGUUUUAAGGCAGCAUGCAAGUUAAUGCAAAUAAGAAAGACAGCAUGCAAAUACCAACAGAGUUUAUAAUUUUAACAAAAAAAAGUCAGAAUGCCAUAAUUAUAGUAGUAAAAGUCUUUUAAAUAAAUAAAUAAACAUUAAAUUAAUAUAAGAAGUUGAGAAAUAUAAUGCGUGUGUAACAUUAUAUUGGAUCAGUGCACUUAAAAAUGCUUGUUACCUAACCGAGUGUUCUGUACAAUGAAGACCCAGCCUUGGGUUAAAAACAACCCAGCAUUUUUAGAUUGCAUAAACCUGAUGCUGUUUUUAAUGUUAAUUAAACCACAAACAAAGAAAAUCACAAUUUCUUUGUCUUGACUGAAUAACUUUUGUAACUUUUUAAUAAGAAUUUAUUUAAUUUACACCGUAAAGACUAUGCAGUAUUAUCUGGUUACUUUAUUUAGUUUCUGUAUUAAACCUGAAAACAUAUGAACAGCACCCUUUA